AUUGACUGAAUCAAACAGCUGAGAACGCGCAUGUGAUUGUGUAGACAGAGGGAAAGCAGCAGAUGCAGUGAAAGAAACAGCAGCACAUUAAAACAUUAACCGAUGAAGAAGAACGGUUUUGAGGCUAACACAUGAAACACGACGAAUCUUUGUGUGUGUGUGUUGAAUGGUGUGAUGAAGAACGAGGACGCCUGACAUUUUCGUUUGUCUGUGUCAACUGUCAACUGAUGAACUCGGUGCUCGAGGCUGAAAGGGAUACGCGUUUGUUUUCUCACGGUGUUUAUUUCCAGCGCCUUUUAUAUUUUGAUGUUUGACCUCGUUUAAUAAUCGCCCGACUACACUGAAGACUAAAGGGGAUAUAGCCAUUUUAAAGAGCUCGAAGAGGAGUAUUCGUGCGACCCUUCGUCGUGUGAAUCAGCUGCAGGAGCCGAGAUGUGACAUUUCCCACACGCGUAUUAAACAUCUCUCACAGCGGACGCUUUUAUCGAGGAAGGGUCCAUAGACCAUCAUUUUCAAGGUAACUGUUCUGCCGCUGAAUAUAUCUUACACUAAGAUGCCAUUUUCCCCUGUGCUGUUCCUGCUGCUCACGGGGCUGGAUGUGAGCUGGUCUCAGGACGAGAAGCCGACGGUCCCGUUUGGCUGUGGGUUUGGUCUCCAGCGCCCCUACACUCUCCUGUGUGACCUGGAUGCCGUGUGGGGCGUAGUGGUGGAGGUGGUGGCGGCGGCCGGUGUUCUCGCUGCUGUUUUACUGCUGCUGGUGUUACUGUGUCGCCUGCACUCAGUGACCGAGGCCCCGAAGCGGAGUGGCAUCGGCCCUGUUCUCCUCCUGCUGAUCGGCAUCAUCGGGCUGUUCGGGCUUAGCUUCGCGUACCUUAUUGAGCACAACGAGAGCAUUUGUUUGGUGCGCCGUGCCCUCUGGGGGGUGUUCUUCUCUUUGUGCUUUGCUUGCAUGUUGGCACAGGGAGUCAGGCUGCGCAGGCUAGCUCGCGAGUCUCGUAGCCCAGGCGGCUGUGCCCUCGUCGGACUAGCAUUAGGGUUGGCGGCGGUGCAGGGUAUUAUUGCUGCAGAGUGGCUCCUGCUAACCGUGAUUCGGGAGGGUAACCCGGCUUGCCAGUAUCAGCCUCUGGACUUUGCGCUUGCCUGCGCAUAUGUGCUAGCGCUCCUGCUAGCAGCCCUGUUAACCGCAACAUUAGCGCUGUGUGGGAAGGCACGGCCGUGGCACUGUAAUGUUGUGUGGCUUCUGGUCUCCUGCUUGCUGUCCAUUCUCUUGUGGGUGGCUUGGGUUGGUUUCUACGUGUAUGGAAACACAGUGCUUGGGAAGUCUCCAGACUGGGAUGAUCCGGCGUUAGCUGUAGCGCUGGUAGCUCAGGGUUGGCUGUUGUUGCUGUGUCACGCUGCUCCUGAAGCCCAUGCAUGUCUUCGAGGACCAGCACAGCCUUCUGCUCCAGACUAUUUCGACACAUCCCAGAAUUCCUCACGCAUGAGAGAGGCCAGCCUUGAUGAGGACAUCCCACUUUCACACAGGCAGUUUGUGGAGAACCAGGGAUAUGCGUUUGAUGAAAAUACUGCAGGUUUGAGGAGUGGCAGUCAUCAUAAUGGCAACACAGGGGCCAGACCCAGCGCGCCUUUCAGAAGUAACGUCUACCAACCGACUGAGAUGACCAUGAUACUAAACGGAGGAGCAGUUCCAUCCGCCCCUCCCACAUACACAGGAAGACAGCUUUGGUAGAGGAGGAGACUGGGAAAGGGUGAAUGGAAAAGUGGUGCAAGCUCCUGAACUGGAAGAAAAAUCUCUGAAGUGAAUACGGACUACAGUUAGGGACAACGUCAAUAAUCACGGAUGUUAAAACAGGACAACUCUUUGCAUUAUCAAUAGUUGUGGUUAUUUUGAGUUGGUGUACUGGAAAAAUAUUCAUGCAGUUUCUCUAUUAAAAGCAUUAACAGCUUUUAAGUCCAACAGUAUUUUAAAAGCAGCCUGAUGCUCUCAAAUGAUUAUGUAUUUUGCUUUGGAUUCAGAUUCACCCUGUAGUUAUAUCAGGCUCUGUAAGUUACAGGUCUGUCUCCACUGCAGUAAAAGCUGGACAUCUUAUUCUAUGAGAACAGGAUACAGUUCUUUGGUCAAAGUUGUUAUUUUGAAUGCGAGUUGUCUGUGUAUGAAUCACUGAAGCAACAUGCUGUGACAAAUCUAAAGCUUUCUUCUGUGAACUAAUGAGAUCAAAUCUCACUCAAUUCUAUGAAAUCUUAGCAAAAUGGGCUGUAUUUUUAAUUAUCAAGGUUCUUGCAUUUGCCACUGGAGUUGCGUAUGAUUUCAAAUGUUUUGAUCUCUGCUGUUUUACACGCUGUUAUACGAUUAACCUUCUACUACUGCUGGACAGAUACCAGCGGGAAUAACUAAAUUGAGAUGACAGAGUGAGGAAGUGAGGACAUGUUAAUAAUAGUUGUGUUAAUAUAGUUUUGGGAGUAGUAACUCAAAAAAUGUCAUCAAUUACUCAUCCUCAUGUUGCUCCAAACCCGUAAGGCUUUCAAGUUCGGCUGGCAAAGUCUUACGGGUUUAGUUUUACAAUCGUUGAAGAUUGAAGCGUCAAAAGAUAUAUUAAUUUGUGUUCAGAAGAUGAACAAAAUUAGCCUGAUGUUGUCAUGCUCAGUCUAGUCAGAAUGUGAGUCUUAUUCCGCUCCAUUGGUCUGUGAUGAUCAGGUGUUUCAACCCAACGAGGAAAAAAUGCCUCUGCACUCAAUUGGAUAGGCCAAAUCCCAUAGGAAGGACGGCAAAAACAUCUUUCCGAUUGGCAAAUGCCUUGAAGGUUCUCAGUUCUUCUUUUAAAAUGCACUGUCUACACAUCUCAAUUUUCCAGCAGUGGCCAUUCUUUGUCGUAAUCAAAUUUUUGGUGCAAAUCAAGCGCUCUUUGGUUUACGUGGAUCAUCUGUCCAUCAUAGCAUAAAGCCCGCCCUGACAAUUUGAUUGGUCUAAACAGCUUUGGUUGCUUCUCAACGGAUCAAGUCCAGACCGAACUUCCCAUCCUCAAAUGUUGUGGGCGGGGCUAAGUUCGGCUGGCAUCCAGGCUGGAACCAAAGUCUUACGGGUUUGAAAUUAAGUGAGAGAGUAAUUGAUGACGGAUUUUUAUUUUUGGGUGAACUAUCCUUUUAGGACACUGAAAAGAGUGACAUCCGCAGUAUGUGAUGACUGAGAUCAGAGAACUGUGGUAAGAGUUCAUUCUUCAGAUGGUUUUCUUUUCCUAUGAGAGUGAUAAUGUUGUUAACCAGUUGUGUUCUUUUCAAAUGAAAGUGUUUUGUGUUGUUGUUGUUUGCUGCUUAGACUGUGAUGUAACCUUCUAAAAGGGACACUGAGCUGUAGAGAAUAACUAUGAUUUGUUUUAUAGUUAUGCAUGCAGAGUCCUAUAAACUGAUAUGAUACAGUUCAGUAUUAGGCUGUUUUCACAAAACCAAGUGUGGACAUUUGGUUGAUUGCUUGGUCCAAAAUUUCACCCUCCUCCCCUUGUUAUACAAGGUACAAGAGCCAAAUACUAUGUUGCGGUUAAUAAAAGUUAUCCUCUGAGAAUGCAAAGAUGUAAAUUACACAUCAUGAAUUGCUGGAGUGGCUCUUAAAGUGAAUUCAGGUGUGGUUUGCAAAACUGAGUAUGCUGUUAUUAUUAGGGUCCGAACACCAAGGGAAAACCAUUUUAUCUUUAGUCUUCUUCUUCUUCUUCACCAAUGGCCAAUGAAUUGAUGGCCAAUUUGGCCAAUACUUUUGGCUGUAUCGUCUGAGAUAGACAACAUUAGCAUUAGCACACCAGUAAUUCUCAAACUGUGGUACACACACCACCCGUGAUAUUAAUGUAUGUGUGCGUGUCUAUGCAUAACCCACAGUCAAAGGCAUCAAUAUAGCUUGUUUAUGUAGACAUUUUAGUUUGUCCUGCUGUCUCAUCACUUUUUAGUUCUGAAACAUAUUUUGCGUGUAUGUUUUAUAGAACAAUUAACAUUCAUAUGUCAAAAAAUCGAAAUAUAAUUAAUUGUCGACCCCAUUAUUGUGAUUUACUAGUUGUCUCUAAAUUUCAAAGUAGCGAAUCAAUGCGUUGGUGGAGGUUUUCAGGCUAAGAUUUAUUGUCAAAAGUCUCAAUGGAAAAUGUGAACCAUAGUGAAACUGGGACAGUUGGCCUGUGACAUUAGAUACACAUUAGAAUGUCAGGAUGUCAUGGACAACAGGAUCAAAUCAAAUAGCUGUCAUGACAUCUCAUCCCCAUUUACUGAAGGUCAAAGCAUUGCUCAAAGAUACUCCAUGUGAAUCAGAUACAGUUGUUGCAUGUGACGUGUCUGUGAGAGAGCAGUUUCUUAACACAGGACAAUACUUUACAUUUUGCAUUCUCAGAAGAGGGAUGCUUUACCACACGUUAGCAUGAACUUCCUUCUUGUACGGUCACUUUGUUUCUUAUUGGCCAACUACUGUCAUGACUGGAGCAACACAUGAAGAGAAUAUUGCUGAAUAAGUUUAAAUGUGUUUACCUGAAUAAUAAUGUGAUAAUGUAAUGGCACAGACUAUCCUUCACUACAAUGGGAAUCUCACUUGUAAUGUGUUGUUGAAACAUUUGUGUAUGUUUUACGGUGCAGUUUCCCUCUAACACUGUUCAGAAUGACUGAAGGGAAAGGGAAUACUUAUUAGGCUCUUUAUAUUAAUAUAUCUGUUGUUUAUGUUGUUUUGUCAAGCUCCUGUACAUGUGUGUGUAUAUAAUAUGCACACAUGAUGUGUUUGUCAGGGUUUACAUGACAGUCAUAAAAUAAUCUGUGUAUUUUCACAUGACUGAAAAAGAGCAAGGCUUGAAGACACGAUGACACUUUUUUUUAGAUCACCUGUGUUCAUUAAAUUAACAGUAGUGAGAAAUGCACAUCUGUUCCCUAAAUCUGAAUACUACUGAAUUUCCCUUGUUUCUGUAUUGUUCACAUAAUCUCCCUCAGACUCGAUCAUCUGGAGCUGUUCAGUGAUGCAGCAUGUCUAUGUUUAGAACAUUUCCCCCCUAAAACAAUAUAUAUGAAAUAAAACCAUUCAACAACCGG